UGUGACAGUGGAUUUGGUCAUGCUUUGGCCAAAAAGUUAGAUAGUAUAGGUAUGAGAGUUUAUGCUGGAUGUUUGAUAAAAGAUGGACCUGGUGCUAUAGAAUUAAGAAAUAACUGUUCAGAAAGGUUAGUGAAACUAAAUUGUAAGCUGAUACUGCUGUCUUGGAAAAAUGUUUCCAUCAUUUCCCACUGCAUAGUUUUCUCAUUCAUUCAUUCAUUCAUUCCAGGAUUAUGGGGACUAGUAAAUAAUGCUGGUGUGUGGUAUUGUAGUGAGUUAGAAAUGACAUCUGAGAAGAUUUUACAUCGUGUGAUGGAUGUUAAUUUAUUUGGGGCUGUAAGGAUAACGAAAGCUUGUUUACCAAUGAUCAGAGCCUCCAAAGGAAGAAUUAUUAAUGUUUCUAGUUUAUUAGGUAUAUUUCCAUAA